CGUCAAGAAAGGUUGGGUUAAACCUCCUUUCUUCACCCAAGAAAGAGAGGCGCAAAACGCAGUGAUUGGUCUGCUAUCCAUUCCGCUCGCCGAUGCGAUCGUUACACCACUUCGGCCCAAUUGCAUUGGGUUGUAGUCAGCAUCUACUAAUUUGUAUAUGCUGGUCGGUUGACGGCUUGAACACGUUUGCCAAUUUAACUGCCAAGACGGUCACGCUCUCUCGACUUCAAUGCCAUUACAGGGCUCGACAUGAAACAGGAUGAUAGCAGCGCGCUCCAGUGUUAUACAUGCAAAAUUCCUUCCUGCCCUUGCUCUGCGGCGCCAAAUUCUACAUAUACGGAUAUGUGCGAUUGGUCUUUGGAGGCGGGCAAUCCCAAUAUUGUCCCUGCUCACCAUGUCGAUCUCUUUGUUUCUGUUCGUUCUUAGCGUCCUGCUUGUCUUCCUCGGAUGGCGUCUCAAUCUCUCACGAUUCCGACUUCCGUCGUACCUUCGCGGGCCGCCUCCCGAAUCUUGGCUUCUUGGUAACCAAGGACAGGUCGUCAAAUUUGAGGCUGGAGUCGCGAACCGAAAAUGGCGCGAGCAAUAUGGCUAUGUGUAUCGGUUUCAUGGCUGCUUCGGAAUCGAAUACUUGAUGUUGAAUGAUGCGAAUGCUAUCCAGCAUGUAUUGCGUGGUCAGACAACUUCAUGGGGAUUAGACGACUCGCUACGCCAGUUCCUGAGACUCGUCACCGGAGAGGGUAUUGUUUACGCUGAUGGUGCUGAUCACGCACGGCAAAGGCGUCUCCUAUCACCCGCUUUCAAUCCUGUGUUCAUCAAGAGCCUUGCGCCUACCUUUGCCAGCUGUGCGUCUCGACUGGUGAAAGAGUGGAAUCGCCGGUUAGAUGCGGAAGGCAUCGAUGGGAACUGGGAUGUCAACGCGUAUCACUGGUUGGAGUUGCUCACGAUGGAGUCUAUCGGUGCUACUUUAUUUGGCCUCAGAUUCGGUGCUUUGGAAGGAGAAGAACACGAACUGAUGAAGGCAUAUAGCGGGCUAAUGGCAGACACCUUUUCUCAGCCGACUACUGUAGGAAUCCUCCUCCAGAAUAUCAUCCUGCACAUCCCGCCCUGGAUCAUCCAUCACGCCGAGAAUUUGCCACUCUCUGCGAUGCGCCAACUUCGAGCGGCAAAGACAACAUGUCAUCAAUUUGCCCAUGACCUUAUUGCGCAGAAGAGGAAGGAGAUCAAGGCAGACCCUACGAAGAAGGAUCGGGAUUUGUUGACUAUUCUUGUAAAGGCUGGGGAGAAGAACGAGAAAGAGGCCAUUGAGCCUAUGUCGGAUGAGCUGAUCUACAAUCAAUUAACAACGCUGUUCUUUGCUGGAUAUGAGACCGCCACGAACACCGUCUCCUUCGCUCUUUGUGAACUCGCUCAGAGGCCAGCUAUCCAGGAACGUCUGUAUGCUGAGGUUUCUUCCGUCCUCGGUACCGCGGCGGAUGAUGAGCUUGCCGAAGGCUUCGACGCGAAUAACCUAGACAAUAUGCCCUAUCUAGAGGCCGUCAUGAAUGAAACGCUGCGUAUGCACCCGGCUGCCAAUCACACGAUGCGCGCUGCAACGAUCGAUAACAGCAUCCCGCUCUCUAAACCGAUCGACGCAGAAGAUGGUCAACAUGUCCAUUGGAUUCCCGUCCAUGCUGGGCAGCGCGUGAUCUUGAACUUCGACGGGUUCAACAGAUCCGAGAUCGUCUGGGGUACGGAUGCGAAUGUGUUCCGUCCCGAGCGCUGGCUGGAGAACGUCAUGUCGAAGGUUGCGCCUGAAGAUCAGUGCGGCGGGCCAUAUGUUAACCUGGCUAAUUUUGGAGGGGGACCGAAGGCGUGUAUUGCUUGGCGUUUUGCGAUCAUCGAAAUGGAAAUCUUCAUUGCCAUGAUAAUACGACAGUUUGAAGUCAGGAUCUCCAAUCCUGACUAUGAGAUGUGGAGAGAGUGUGCAUUCAUUAACACGAUUCCUAUGCAGAAAGGUCGCCUUGACCGCGGUUCACAAGUGCCUCUCCGCAUACAGAGACGCAUGGCCAAAUAGCAGGGAUUCUUCAAUAUCGAGCGUGCCUGUAUGUAUAUGAAUCACGAUCUUUGCCGAGUAAAGAAUUCUAGCUAAAUGAGGCGACAAGCUCAUUCUCUGCACACGUCUCGACGGAGUAAAAGUCGCGUGAUCCAUAUGCAUGUUCGCC